CUUGCUUUUUGGUGGUGUUUGCAUGCUUUCUUAAAUUUCUCUGUUUCUUUUCACGUUUACAGACGCUUUGUGGUAUUAUUGGAUGUGACGAAGCGGAAUCGCAUGUGAAAAGACGACGAGCCUGACAUGGAGGCUCUCGAGUUGAGGCUGCGGGAGAGUGAGGUGGACUCCGAGCGGGUACUGGGGGAUCAAGUGGAGGCUACCCGGCUCCUGAGACAACAACUUGACGACCUUCAAACGAGACUGGAUGAGAAAGAGAAGCAACUUAUUGAAGCAAACGAGAUCAUCAGGGCCCUGAGGGAUGAGGUGCAGACACUGCAUCAACAGCUCGUGCACCAGACCCCACAUCAACAGCUGGAACAGCAGACUCCACAUCAACAGCUGGAACACCAGACCCCACAUCAACAGCUGGAACACCAGACCCCACAUCAACAACUGGAACACCAGACUCCACAUCAACAGCUGGAACAGCAGACUCCACAUCAACAGCUGGAACAGCAGACCCCACAUCAACAGCUGGAGCAGCAGACCCCACAUCAACAGCUGGAACAGCAGACCCCACAUCAACAGCUGGAGCAGCAGACCCCACAUCAACAGCUAGAACAGCAGACUCCACAUCAACAGCUGGAGCAGCAGACUCCACAUCAACAGCUGGAACAGCAGAGACGGCUGAAGCUCACCCAUCCAAGCACAGCCGCCCUUUCAGCACCAAGGACGAGAGCGCCACAUAGAUCUGUGACCUUCAGAGUUUGUCUCCUCCCUGAUCCUCAUAUUAAUGUGUCCCGUCAAAAGGGGAAGGUUUUCAGGAAAAUCAAGGUGCCGCUGGACUUGUCUGCCAAGGAGUUCCAGGAUGUCAUCAGAGGUGCUUUCCCCAAACUGGGCAACAUCGAUUUCCAAUUUGCGAAGGUAGAAAGAGGCAGAAGAAUUAAAGCACUUCAGGUUUCUCCAGUGACCCCAUCUGUGCUGAAAAGCAGCGGAGAGCUCAGGCGCUCAGCCCUGUACAUUCUCCCAAAGAAUCAACGGGAGGUCCGUGCAAGCCCUAGUGCCCUGGAGUGUGCUACCGGGCUGACAGAUGUAAGUAAGGUUCUCAGAACUCUUCUCAUUAUCUGAAGAACGUUGUCUUUCUUGUCUAUGACAAGUCUCA